AAUACAGUCGGCUCCCUAUGCGGAAGUUAGUUUGUUUCGGUUUAAACAGCAGCCAAACGAGCUCAAAUGCAUUCAAAACUAUCUAAUUCCUCGAUAUAGCUGGUAUUUUGUGAACGCAGCGGGUAAAUGACGAGCGCAUUUGUCAGUGUGCGGUAAGGUUACAGCUGAAAUGUCUCACAUUAAAGAGUACAUCGACAAAGCGGGACGUUGUUAUGAGCGCUACACCGAGUACGUGAGGAGGAACCCAGCUGCGACAGCACAGCUGGAGAGCACCGUGCGCACGCUCUCCUACCUGAUCGCAGGGCGGUUUGCAGAUUCCCAUGAAAUAUCUGAACUGGUGUACUCUGCCUCCAACCUCCUGGUGCUGUUCAAUGACAGCAUUCUGCGCAAAGGGCUGAGAUGUGCCUUCCCUGUGUCGCUCUCUCAGCAGAGACUCCUGAACUGGCUGUCCGUGUUGGAGUCCGUGGAGGUUUUCCUGGAGAUGGGAUCCUGCAAACUGUGGGGUGAAGUCGGACGCUGGCUGGUGAUCACACUCAUUCAGAUUUUUAAGGCAGUUUUUCGCAUCGUGCUUCUUCUGUGGUACAAAUCUGGCAUCCAGACUUCGCCUCCUAUAAUCCCCCUCGACAGAGGUGCAGAAUUUGUUGAAGAUGAUGGAAACAGGGAGCAGGAAGAUGACACAUGUUUUGUGGGCCAGAGGUCAGGACGAGCCAUUAGGCCGCUUGGCAGCGCUCCCUCCCUGCAGUCCCGUCUGUGGGGAGCACCGAGUCAGAAGAAGAGGAGCAGCAGCUUAAAUGGCGAGAAGCUCAACAGCAAACCAACACACCUGGGACUUCAGGAGACCAUUGCAGAGUCUGUGUACAUCGGACGGCCGCUCGUGCACCUCCUCUGUCUUGGACUGUGUGGAAAACAGUCCUGGAAGCCGUGGCUCAUCUCUGGAGUCCUCGAACUUUCAAGCUUUGCUGUGCUCAGUGAUAGAAAAUUCCAAAAUCGAUGGGAGAAGGCCGAGAUGAGGAGGAGAACUUUUGUUUUGCUGUACUACCUUCUUCGUUCACCCUUCUAUGACAAAUUCUCUGAGGAGAAGAUCCUCUUCCUGCUCAGACUUUUGGCCGAUCAUGUUCCAGGAAUAGGCCUCGUUGCACGCCCUCUGAUGGAUUACCUCCCCACCUGGCAGAAAAUCUACUUCUACAACUGGGGAUAAAACCCGCUGGAGGUUUUUGGAUCUCUGAUGUUUGCAAUUCAACAAGGAAAACCGCAAAGAAAGGAUCGUUCAGGCCCAGGGACAGAGACACUUGCCUUAAUUCCCCACAAAUCUGAUAAAAUGAUGUGGAAAUGAUUACCACUUUCAGCGAGGACCUUCUUAUUUACAUUUAUUGAUUUAGAAGGCAGUGUUAGCAAUAAACAGGACGUGAUUACGACUUUAUGUUCAGUAAUCAGAUUUUUACCGUUCCUGACAAGACUGGUUUGAUUAAUGCUAAGAUUUUUGCUUUGUGCGUCAACUUCAUGAUUUAUGCCAGUGUCUAUCUAUACUGUGACAGUUUUUACGUGGCAGAAUAUUUUUGUAAGCAGUCUCUUUAUCUUAUGGUUUCAUUCCAUUCGUGUCAUCUGUCAAAAUCUGCAGCAUUGUUUGUCCAGAAGAGGCUGAGCAAUGAUGGAGAAGCAAAAUCUCAACACAUCAUUUUCACCAGCAGGCACUGAGUUUCUACUUGAAUGUUGGAGAGUUUUCCUGCAGAGAUGAGGGCGCGCGCACACACAAACAACUGAGCUACUGAAAACUACCGCUGGAAACAAUGACACAGGAGAGGUUUUGAAUCUUUAUUAACAUACCGAAUAAGUUUCUUUUUGUAGCCUACAAAUAAAUAGUUUAAUGUUUCA